AUGAAACUUGAGGAUGUGAUCGAAAUGUUCCCAAACAUCAAUGCAUUUCUCGUCCGGAAAUGGACCUAUGCUUUCUACACAUUCUUCGAUCUGAUAGGUAACAACGUUAUCGAAUGGCAGGACUUCCAGCGGCUUAUUGAUGCUAUCGGAUUGGUGCGUGGGGAAGGUGGAGAAGACCAUAAAGUCGCCUUAGCUAGCCUGACCAAAGUAUGGAAAUCCAUGACAGAAGCCAUGAAGAAAGAUGUCAAGGAUCAAAUCACGCUACUAGAUUGGAUUGGAAUGUGGGCCGAGUCAUUGAAGGACGAAAGAGAGCCAUCAUGGCAAAAGGCCUAUCUCGAAUACAUGUUCCGUCUAUUAGACGCUUCUGGCGAUAAACUCGUCGACCUGUCCGAAUAUAUCGAAGUUCUUGGUUAUUUCGGUAUAUCUCGAGAAGAAGCCAUUGAGUGUUUCGACAAAUUUGCUGUGGGCCCUGACGGUUCCCAAUCCAAUGCCAUCGAUUACCCGACGUUCGUGGAACUAUGGCGACAGUACUUCCAUUCGUUGGAUAUCAACGAAGCUGGUAAUAAAUUGCUCGGAAUCUUCUGA